AUGUCUCACUCGGUUGACUACCUCUCACUGUCCUGGCAGGACACCUUGCUUGUGGGCAAUCCGAACCGGAAGGUUGGAGAAUCGAUCCAGUCGGGUGUUAACUCCGAUGACCUGCUCCUCAAGGUGGGUGACUCGGUCCAAAAAUUGACUCCGGAUGAGGAACCGACUCCAGCUGAUGUUGAUAUUGAUGGUGGUGGUGGUACGGCACGACGGCGGCGGCGACCUCAGGCUCGAGUAGCCGGCUGCUCGGGAGGAGGAAGACCUAGUGGUUUAAAAAGACCCUCAAUGUAUCGGUAUGGUCCAAAGACGUUGAGAAACCGCCUGGCACUCAACGUCGCAUCCCAGAAUCGGCUAGAGUGCCCCUGCUUCGUGUAG